GGUCAAAAAUUGAUAACUAAACCUUUUGUGAUUAUGUAAAAAAGGGUAAAAUAAAACGAUUUAAACAUGUCAUCCGUUGAAAUAAGAGGCAUAAAAGUUACGUUUCCAUAUGAACCAUAUGAAAUCCAAAAGGAUUAUAUGAGUAAAGUAAUAGAGAGCUUACAAAAUUCAUCAAAUGCGAUCCUUGAAUCACCAACUGGUACUGGAAAGACUUUAUCAUUACUAUGUUCAUCGCUCGCUUGGUUAAUGACAGAAAAAAUGAAAACAGCUUCAGCGUAUCCAUCUGAUAAUAAUUACGGCGGCGAAAGUGUUGAAGACAUACUAAAAAAUGUGAUGUCCAUGAGACCACCGAAAAUCAUUUAUUCAUCACGAACACAUUCCCAGCUUGGACAAGCGUUACAAGAGUUAAAAAAUACCAUUUAUAAGGAUUUUGUAAAGUCGUCAAUUAUAGGUUCUAGAGAUCAAUUGUGUUUGAAAAAAGAAGUAUUAGAAGAACGAUCUGUACCACUUCAAGUAAACAUUUGCCGAGGCCUUAUAAAAAGUCGAGGUUGUUCAUAUUAUCAUGGCGUUGAAAAGUGUUUAGAUCCGAUUGUAUCUAAAAUGAAUAUAUUGGAUAUUGAAGAAUUAGUUGGUUUGGGUAAAAAACAUCAUUUUUGUCCGUAUUAUAUGGCUCGAGAAUUAAAACAAAAUGCUGAUCUUACGUUUAUGCCAUAUAAUUAUUUGUUAGAUCCGAAUGCCAGAAAAUCAUUUGGUGUUGAUUUAGCUAACACUGUUGUUAUUCUGGAUGAAGCACAUAAUAUAGAGACAACAUGUGAAGAAUCUGCAUCAAUAACUAUAACAUCUACAGAUAUAGCCAUGGCCAUUGAUGAAUUGACAGUUAUCAUGAAGGCAAUGGAAAAUGAUCAUAUUAUGCUUGAAGGCGAUGCACAAAAAGAUUUUACGUUAGAUGAUUUAGUUGUUAUUAAAAGUUUACUCUUAGAAUUUGAAAAAGUUGUUACCGAAAUUCAAAUUAAAUCAUCGGACGGUGAUACCUACGAUGGACAAUAUUUACACCGACUUAUUGAAAAAGCAGGGAUAGAAUUUUCUAAUGCUCAGUAUGUCGUUAAUGUAUUGGAUAAAUUAGUUCAGUAUAUGACUACUACUAGAAAUGAAGCGUUCAAUCGUAAUGGUCAACAUUUACAAAAAUUAAAAGAUUUACUUGUUGUAAUCUAUGAGAAUAAUACAGAAGAAUUAAAGGAAAAAGUGAAAAAAUGUUUUCGAGUUUUUAUACAAGAGGAAGUUUUAAAUAAAGGCAAAAAUAAUAGUAGUUGGAUUAAAAAAAAUAAAAAUAAAGUACAAAAAGUUAUUAACUACUGGUGUUUUACACCUAGUUUUGGAAUGGAAGCUUUAAUGAAACACGGCGUACGAAAUAUAAUAUUAACUAGUGGAACUUUGUCGCCUUUAAAACCACUUAUUUCAGAAUUGGGGCUAGAUGUCCCAAUUCGAUUAGAAAAUCCGCACAUCAUAUCUAACAAUCAAAUACUUGUAAAAAUAGUCAGUAAUGGUUAUCGAAAUAUCCAAUUAGAUUCCAGUUAUAAAAAUAGGGAAAAUCAUGCUUAUGUGGAAGCACUUGGAAGAACAAUCAAAUCAUUUGUAAAUAUGAUACCCGAUGGUUUAUUGGUAUUUUUCCCGUCGUAUACAAUUUUAAAUUCUUGUUCAGAAUUUUGGCAAAAUUCUGGUAUUUGGCAUGAUAUUUGCAAAGUUAAGCCAAUUUUUACAGAACCUAGAAAUAAAGAUGAUUUCAAUAAUAUAAUAUUUGAAUACUAUGCAAAAAUCAAAGAAGAAGGUAGUAAAGGAGCGUGCUUUUUUGCUGUAUGCAGAGGGAAAGUAUCCGAAGGUUUAGAUUUUGCUGAUGAAAAUGGUCGAGGAGUAAUUAUUACAGGUCUUCCGUUUCCACCUUUAAGAGAUCCUCGAGUUAUAUUAAAAAAACAAUAUUUAGAUCGACAUGCGACCCGAGAAAAUCAGAUGGCAAAUGGGCAAAAAUGGUAUACGUUAGAAGCAAUUAGAGCAGUUAAUCAGGCUAUUGGUCGAGUCAUUAGACAUAAAAAUGAUUAUGGAGUAAUUUUACUGUGUGAUUAUCGCUUUGAUAAUCCAAAUUUAAAAAAUGAUUUAUCCGCUUGGCUUCGAGGAUAUAUUCAAAAAACUAAUACAUUUGCUCAAGCAAUAGCGGGUGUUACGAAAUUUUUCUAUGAGGCGAAUAUAAAGUUUCCAACUAAAAGUAAUAAAAUUUCCGAAAAAAUGGUCGAAAAUGAACCGGAUAAUAGUUUGAAAUACAUGAAAAACGAAACUGCUUUUGGUUCUGUUUCAAGUAUGGAACCAAAACGGAUUUUAAAAUCAACUGUGAUACCUGAUUCGACAAUAUUAGAGGAUUAUAAAGAAAAUGCAAGUACUGAAUUACCAAAAAAGAAAAGUAUCUUUUCCGUACUAGACAUGGAUAAAACAGUUACAUCGUCUACGAAUUUUAGAUUACAAGAUUAUAGACAGCCUGAGCCAAAAAAUUGUGAGUUGAAACAAGAAAAGAAAGUAUUCGAUACUAAUAAAAGUCCUGAAAUGAAUCCUCAUAAAAAGAGAAAAAUAACUAUCAUACCAAAUAAUAUGGAUUAUGAAGGUUCAAAAAGCUUAAGCAAUGAUUCACCGAAAUCAUCAACAUCUAAUAAAACGGCUGUGAACAUAGUUCAAAAGAUUGCAAAAAAUUUAACACCCGAUAAAAUUCAACUCUUUCAUACAACGAUUUUAACGUAUAAACAACAAACUGAAAUUUUUAAUUUAAUCGAAGGUAUACAUGAUACUUUGAGCAACGUAACAGAAAGCGAAGAGUAUUUAAAUGAUAUAAUUACAUUUGUUAAACCAAAGGAUAAACAUAUAUUCCAGUCGUAUAUUAGUUUAAGAAGUAAAUGGGAUUUAUUAUCUUCAGAAGAAAAAAAUAAUACA